CAGCCCCCCAACCAACCUCACGCAUUUUUCAGACAGCAAAGUACUCGGUAUCUGCAGGCGCAAGCAAAAACACAUUCUAAGCUAUCCACUUUCUUCAGCCCUCUCGAAGAUUCUUUCCAUCAAAGGGAUUCUGACAUUCGUUGCGAAUAGGGCAGAACCACAUUCUUACCAAAGCUGCAAGAGCUCCCCGCACGUGGUAGUCGAGAACAUCGAAACGACCCACGUUCCUCACCCUUGACCACGCCGACGAACAUUCUUGGGACAACACCAAUCGCUCGCGCAGACUCGACGUCUGAGUGCAUUCCGCCGACUGUCUUGCCCGGCCCUCUAGGGGCGCAGGGUCAAUUGGAGUGAAACAGUACAGGCGCAUUCUUGAAGAAGAGACACAGACAACAUGGCGAACCUCAAGUUUGCGGUUAGCAUGCAACGGUUGGUACCGUUUCUCGGAUACCACCAUGUACUCAUGAUUUUGAUAGCUAUUGCUAUCAUUCUACUAUCGUUAUUGCUGGCAGGAUGCUCCUCCACAUCACCACUCAUUCCCGGCAUCUUUCUCAUCUCACUGUGGUACGAGAAAUACACACCCACAUACUCUACCGAGCAAGUCGACCCCGGCGUCACACAGGCCAUCGCAAACAUUGUCGGUAACGCCCAGCUUGGCGUCCGUGUUGGAUACUUCGGUAUCUGCAUUAACCGCGAUGGCGGCGGCUAUAUCUGUUCCAACAACGCGACUGCGCUUGUUGACAACUUGUCCGUCGACCAAGAUCCGCUCAACCUCGUGUGGGUCGCAGCAACCUUCAAGGACGCCGUCGUCUUCCCCUACCUCCUCAUCGUCGCCAUCAUCCUCGCCUUCUUCACAUUCGUUCUGCUCGCAACAUUCCCCGGGUGGCACGAGGAGAGAGAUGAGCGCACAGGCUCUGAUGUCGACGUCAAGCCAUUCCCAUCGAGACCAGUGUCGCAAGUUGCUCUUGCGCUCAUCUUCAUCUCGUCCAUCUUCGUCCUCGUUUCCGUACUGUGGCAACAUACUGCAUCCGUCGCUGCAGCAACCAUAGCACAAGAUCUAGGGAACGGGAGCGUGAAGUCCGGCGUUGGCACAUCAGCCAUGGUACUAGGAUGGUUCGGCUUCGUACUGCUCAUAAUAGUAACCAUCGGGUUACUCGUCAUGAUCAUCAGUAUCGUUGUUCUCGACCGCCUGACCGACGACUAAGCGUUCUGUCACAAAGGCAAAGAGAUUGGAUGGAGAAGUAAUGAAUAGAGGAGACGACUGUUGCUCGCAUUGUAUUUUGCGCCGAGCGUACUUGGCUUUCGACUACAUACCCUUUUUGGCGAUACGACGCAGCUUGCUGUCGUUCAGAACGACAUAUUUUGCAUUUCUGGCGUUGAAUGGAUCUUUGCAUCGAGCUUUGGCAUGCCGCGAGAUGAGCGCGGAGUAAGACCAGAUGGUUGGAACGACUGAUGGAAAGGAACGCAUUGAUGGACUGUACUUAUGUAGUGAACGACAGAACGAAUGGACAUGUCGUAUGGAACAAUGAACUUCACUUCUCAC